GCAUUAUCUGAAAUUUUAGGAAGAAUAAAACAUAGCCUUUUGGUGUCGCAUAUCCAUAUAGUUAUUUCCCACUGGUUUGUUGCAGCUAGGGUGUUAUUAGAAAACUGCCGUGCAGUCAUGUUAAGAACAAUGGUGUGUCUCCACCUUGAGAGGUGGAGGCUAAAUACGGAUUAGCUGUUUUAUCAAAGUGACCUGAUACAUGAAGCAACACCCUUUGACCCAUUUCAUUUGAGGACAUUGAGUGAUUCACCGUCCUGUUUGAUAGCGUACUUCAGAUACUGGCUUGAUCAUCAGUGGAGCCUUGUUUUAAUGAGAUUAGCGGAUUAGGAUUGUUUUUGCGGAUUACUUUAUAACCCAGAUUGAGGGAGAGGAGACGGAUUCUUAAACAGGAUUUCGGUGGUGAAGGACUGCUCCCUGUAAGCAACCACAAUGCCGUACAUAAACAUAGACGAGCUGACGGACAAGGACAAAGCUGUGAUGGAAGUAAACCAACUUAAAACUGAAGUGAAACUUGAGAGGUGGUUGACAUCUAAAUGCUGUGAGGAAAUGAAGGACUACAUUCAGUCUGUAGAGGAGGCGGACACCCUCGUCAAAGGCAUUUCAGAGGACAAGAACCCCUUCAAGGAGAAAGGUGGCUGUGUCAUCGGCUAGACUUAACCCGAGGAGCUUUUCAUACCUCAGAUUAGCACCCAACGACAUUCUCCUUCCCCUCAUACAAUGGAUUUGCAGACUGAGAAGACUAGAGGGACACAAUAAAGAAACAAAUGAUAAAACUUCAUGAGUUCCCAUGUAAACGAUUCCCCAUCUUCUGGCCAGAUGUAUAGCCUUAUAAUAUUAUUCUUUGAAAAGAUGCAAUAAAUAAAAGUUGUAUUUGGCAUGUUUAUGUAAUGCUUCUUUCAUGUGGUGUAUAGUCUGAGCAAAUGGGCCCAUGAGUUGUUUCAUAUACAGGAGCAACUGUCAUUAAAUGUGCUUGU